UAUAUGAGAUUAUCUCUAGGGUAUCUGGAAAGCCAUCUGGGAGCUUUGGGAACAUAAGGAAGGGAUUAAUUGCGGCUAUUGGCAUCAAUUUGCCCUCAUGCUGUUAGGUACUUAAAUCUUCUUGGCACCAGGUCUAGCACCUACCAAGUUUCAUGACUGAUUAUCAGUUUCAUGACUUGGGUAGUGGGUCACUUUCUAGGAUCCUUGAAUUGGAGUUAAGUGUUCCCAUAGAAACCUUUGCCCCAUAUAAUACCCUGUACCCCAGUAUCUAUUUCUGUUUGCCUCUAACCACAUGACUGAGUGAAGUCUGACCAAGUAAGUCUUUAGAAUAUCCAGUUGACAAGAGGAAAUCUAAAUGGUUCUUUUUUCCCCCCAAAGAGAUCGUCAUUCAGGUUGUUGUAAUCUGAAAUCAAAACAAAACAAACACUUGCUUGGAUUGACUGAAUACAGUUAUUAAAAUAAAUAUGGAAGGUGAACCAGACCAUGAGAUUGUGGACCAGAACCUCUGUGUCAAGACUACUGAAGAAGAACCAAACAAGUCUUUCAGUCUAGAAGCUUCACUUUCAAAAUUCUCUUACAUAGAUCUGGACAAGGAACUGGAGUUCAAAAAUGAUCUGAUUGAUGACAAGGAGUUUGAUAUUCCUCAAGUUGAUACUCCUCCAACACUGGAAAGCAUACUAAAUGAGACAGAUGAUGAAGAUGAGUCCUUUGUUCUUGAGGAUCCUACAUUGUUAAACAUUGAUACUAUCGAUUCUCACUCCUAUGAUACGUCAUCUGUGGCAAGCUCAGACAGUGGUGACAGGACCAACUUAAAAAGGAAGAAGAAAUUACCAGAUUCUUUUUCACUCCAUGGAUCAGUUAUGCGACAUUCACUUCUGAAGGGAAUUUCUGCCCAGAUAGUGUCUGCAGCUGACAAAGUAGAUGCUGGCUUGCCCACGGCAAUUGCAGUAUCCAGUUUGAUAGCAGUGGGUACAUCUCAUGGAUUGGCUUUAAUAUUUGGAAAAGAUCAGAAUCAAGCAUUGCGGCUCUGUCUGGGUAGCACUAGUGUUGGAGGUCAAUAUGGAGCCAUUUCUGCCCUCAGCAUCAACAAUGACUGCUCAAGACUUCUUUGUGGCUUUGCUAAAGGACAGAUCACCAUGUGGGAUUUGGCGAGUGGAAAACUUCUCAGAUCAAUAACAGAUGCUCAUCCUCCGGGAACAGCAAUAUUGCAUAUCAAGUUUACAGAUGAUCCAACUCUUGCAAUUUGCAAUGACAGUGGAGGCUCCGUUUUUGAAUUGACAUUUAAGAGAGUGAUGGGAGUGAGAACUUGUGAAUCUAGAUGUCUGUUCAGUGGUUCCAAGGGUGAAGUUUGCUGUAUUGAGCCUCUGCAUUCUAAGCCUGAACUGAAAGAUCAUCCCAUCACACAGUUUUCAUUAUUGGCCAUGGCAUCCUUAACAAAGAUACUGGUCAUUGGAUUGAAACCAUCCUUGAAAGUGUGGAUGACUUUUCCCUAUGGGAGGAUGGAUCCUUCCAGUGUCCCAUUGCUGGCCUGGCACUUUGUGGCAGUGAGUAAUUAUGUGAAUCCUAUGCUUGCCUUCUGCAGAGGAGAUGUUGUUCAUUUUCUAUUGGUUAAGAGAGAUGAAUCUGGAGCAAUCCAUGUUACUAAGCAAAAGCACCUUCACUUAUACUAUGACCUCAUCAACUUUACUUGGAUAAACUCACGCACAGUUGUGCUCUUAGAUAGUGUAGAGAAGCUGCAUGUGAUUGACCGGCAGACACAAGAGGAGUUGGAAACAGUGGAGAUCUCAGAAGUUCAGUUGGUCUAUAAUAGCAGCCACUUCAAGUCACUCGCCACCGGAGGAAAUGUUAGCCAAGCACUGGCUUUGGUUGGAGAAAAGGCUUGUUACCAAUCCAUCAGUAGCUAUGGUGGUCAGAUCUUUUAUUUGGGGACAAAAUCUGUUUACGUGAUGAUGCUGAGGAGCUGGAGGGAGAGAGUGGAUCAUCUCCUGAAACAAGAUUGUCUUACAGAAGCCUUGGCUCUUGCAUGGUCUUUUCAUGAAGGAAAAGCAAAAGCAGUUGUGGGAUUAUCAGGGGAUGCCAGUAAGCGAAAGGCUGUUGUUGCAGAUCGGAUGGUAGAAAUCCUAUUCCAUUAUGCAGAUCGAGCUCUGAAAAAGUGCCCAGACCAGGGAAAAAUCCAAGUGAUGGAGCAGCAUUUUCAGGUACACCCUUGCAUGUGUUUGUUAGACAGUGCUAUGAAUAGGUCAGAUACUGCUUUUUAA